GACCCGGAUAAGCAGAGGAAGACGACAACGACGACGAUGAAGUAAUCCUGCAUGUUUUUCAGGUAACAACGUUACUUAAGUUUGCCAGUCCAGAUCUGAAGAGAAAAAAAAAACUGAAAUAAAAAGCUUUUUCCGGUAAGUUUUGUUUUUUAAAAAACUACUUCCAGUGAAAGUAAUGACUUCUGGUUAAGGUAAUGACCCACCGUGUAAUUUUUCUCUUAAAUAUGUACAAAUCGAAGAGAAAAACGACACGGUAUGGUUUUGACAAAUUCAAACUACUUUUGUGCUUUGUCAAUAAAGCGUAUUCAAGAAAAAAAAACUACUUCCGGCAAAGCUAAUGACCCGAAAAAAACUACUUCCGGCAAAGGUAAUGACCUCCGUGUGCAGAUAUGCCACCAAAGCGUGUUCGAAAAGCCAGUCAGACCCGUGCCUGGGUCACCACGUUCCAUGCCAAUGAGGAGUCUGGCACGGAGAAAGCGACGAGCAGUCAAAAAGGCAGUGUUUCAACAGCCCCAACUGAUUUGUUGGUUGAAAAAAGGUCCAAUGAAAUUGAAAUGCUGGAGAUGAAGGUGCAAUGGCAAAAUGAAAAAAUCAAUGAGCUGACAAAGGAACGAGACUUUCUGAAAGAACAGUUGGCAUCAGUUCUCAAAAAGGACACACCCUCUGAAAAGGAUUCAGAAGACACAAGAAGUCUUUCUUCAGACACAACACAAUGUUCGUCUGUGUCUUCAGAGUGCUCAUCACCACUGUCCUCAGAUGAUGACAAGAAGAAGAAGAGAAAGACCAAAAAAAGACUGAAAAAGGAAAAGGGAAAAACAUCAAAGAAGAUUAAGGACAAAGAUUAUCAGAGGGCCCAAUCUCCAAAUCAGGUUGUGUCCAGGUACCAAUCUCUGCUCAAGCUUUACAGGAAAGGGGGGACAAUGGCCCGAGCAUUUAAGCGCUACGGAGUGGAUCGGAACACCAUCGUAAUAACCGCUCCCAUUGCAGAGCUGUCAAUUGCUGCACCGAGAAAGUAUGCAGAAGUCUUACAAAACUACAGCACUCAGGUUAAACUCUCUGUGUUUGCAGCACACUGUGCAUUUGCAAUUGCAGAGGAUCCAGAGGUAAAACAGCUGGUUAAAGACUACAAAACCAAUGGAAAGCUACUGCCUUUUAAGAUAAAGUAAGGAAAUACUGCCUUGUUUUCCAUCAUUGGUGUCUCGAGUAUUUCACAGUUCUGUUUACAGUAUACGAAUGACCACUGUCAACAUACUGAUUUACUGUUGCCCGUUCAGAGUUCUGUCUACAACAACUAUUUGCACUGACAAAAAAUAAAUAUUGUUAUGAAUAUUUUGUGUUAACCACUGCGGGUGUUGAUAUUUUUAUGUUCAUUUAGUUUUUUUCUUCAAACAUAAAUAUUUCGUUCAGAACCACAGGUCAAGCAUUUUAUUUACCUUUACAUGCUUCGAUGGAGUCAGCUUUAUUUGCACUUAUGCACAUAUUUUAGUUUGUUAUAAUAAUUUAGUGUUAGCCAGUGCAGGUGCUAUGUAUGUUGAUGAGGCACUGUUUCAUUGUUUUAUAUAAAUACAGUAUGUCAUACAAAAUUACAAAAUGUAAAUACAAAGGAUAUUUCCCUCA